AUGUCGUUGAAACAUCUGCUCAACCCUGUCGACGAAGACAAAGACACCAAUGUCUCUCAAAUUCCUGAGGGCCACUUGGCCUCGAAUGAGCAGCAAUUCAAUUUUGCGGUAAACGCUCCAGGUAUGACGUUCAAUAUGGAUGAUCCAAUCAACAUGGACGUACCGAUGAAUAUCUGGGAUGAUUAUAAUGGAGAAAUGCCUCGAGUUAGCGACUACAUCGGGCCCAGCGCCAUGAAUCCUCUUGUCAACUUUCCGAUCAUACAACAAGGAAAUCUGUUUCAAAACGAGUUUACACAGGCUGAUCUUCUUCCUGUGGAUCCACAGUUCGAUAUAAUGAGUCUGGAUAUGAGCUACAACAUGAACGUUGGCUUCGACUUUAAUAGCAUGAUGCCUAUCGCAGAAGAGCAGUCAUUUCCGUCGGAAAUGCCAACUCCUCUCGAGAACUUUCAAUACCUGGAUAUACCUACAGAAAGCUCGCGAGAAGGAUCAUCCACAACACCUGGAGGGCCUGACUCGAGCCAAUCGUUACAAACACCUGUCACAGUGCCAGAGGAAGAGGAAGUGAUGGUGCACUACGGUAUGCUGCAUAACAUCGAAGUGAAACUAGUCCCGGACGACAUGACCGCCAUCGAUGAGAGAUUGAAGAUUGGCGAGUCGCAUUACCAACAUUUCACACCCACUGAAUAUCAAAAGCAAGUUAUGCUUUGCUUUCCAGACGAUGACAAAAAAUUUGGACAUUUAUGCUCAGCAACCGGACAAGCUCUUUUGCCACUUCUCACACGGCCCAGAGUGGACAUCGAGCCUCUAGCUUUGAAGGGAGACCUGAGAGCCGUUAUUCACCGUGCUAGCAAGUCAACCGACGCUAGAGUCAAGGUUGACAUCAACAUCUAUGGCACACGAACUGACUCAGGAGUCAUUGGUGACAUUCUGUCUCAAGGUAAGCUAUGGCUACAGAGUUCGAGUCACGGCAGAAGCGGGACAGAGUACGAGAAUCCACAUUUCUUGAGCAUUGCCAUUGAGGAUAGUGCAAUUGGAGUGCUAAACCCAGAAAUCACCGUCAACAACGAGCAGCCUAAGAAGAAGACGAGAGAAGAUCAACUUCGAAAGAUGGUGGAGGAUGUUUACAAGACCGUUGAGAAUAAUCGAGAACUCGAAAUGGUCGAAGGUGGCGACAGGGUGACUCGACAGCUUCUGAGACAUCAGAAAGAAGCACUGGGAUUUAUGCUCGAGCGAGAAUCCGGCCACAUCAACGACAAGUACAGACUGUGGCAAAAAGUCGAACAAGAUGGAAAGGUUCAGUACAGACACAAAAUUACAGAAAGACGAAAAGACAUCAGACCAGAGGAGAAGGGUGGCGGUAUCCUUGCUGAUGACAUGGGAAUGGGGAAGUCACUCUCCAUUUUGGCUUUGGUCAUGAAGACAUUGGACAACGGUGUAGAAUUAGCAGCGCAGAAGAAUGCAGAGCACAAGGGGAGAAGAGCACUCCAGUAUUCUCGGUCUACCCUCGUUGUUGUCUCAGCAGCUUUGUUGGUGGAUGAGUGGAUGAACGAGGUGAAGAAGCAUCUCAAGACAGGCCUCAAAGUGGUAAAAUACCAUGGCGACAAGAGACCAAAGAACCUUGACCAACUUCAGGAGAUUGAAGAUUCAGAUAUCGUCGUCACGACAUACCACACACUCACUGCGGAAUACCUGGUGGGCAAGGGGAAGUUGUCGCCUUUGUAUAAGCUGGGGUGGUAUCGAAUAGUCCUUGACGAAGCUCACAUCAUACGCCGACCAUCAACGAAAUUCUUCCAAGCAUGCGAGGAACUCCACGCCAAUUCCCGUUGGUGUCUCUCCGGCACACCCAUUCAGAACAAGCUCGCUGAUAUCGGAUCAUUGUUCCGCUUCAUCCGCGCCGAGCCAUUUGAUAAAGCAUCUGAGUUUCGAAAGUGGAUAGAAACCCCGUUCGACAACUCACCCGACGAUACCAAGGUCAUCAGAAACCGCCUUGUCAUGCUUCUCGAAGCUUUGUGUCUACGUCGCACUAGACAUGUUCUGAACUUACCCAAGACAAGGCAGUCAGUGCGAUAUCUCACUUUCACAACUAAAGAGCGCGAGCAAUAUAACCGAACACACGCAAUCAUUGUUCGGAAUAUGGAGCAUCGUAUGGGAGAAGUUGAAAAGAGAUCAAAGUUUGGCCAAUUUCAGCUGUGGCUCCAACUACGAAUAGUGUGUAACCACGGUACAUUCCAAAAGUUGUUUUCCUGGCAUCGGAGGAAUCUUCUAGAGGAACGAGAAGCCAUUAUCGGUUCGGCAAGAUAUGGCGAGAUUUCAUGCAUGGGCUGCGAACAGCCUUUGCCUGUCUUAGGGCAGAACUUUAACAAGAGCAUGUUCGAUGAUAACUGCUCGCAUAUACUGUGUGCGCAAUGCAUCAAGGAGUCGAACUUUGACGAUUUGAGAAUUACUGAAAGGCGAUGUCCUGUUUGUAUCAGAUGGUAUCGAGAGUCUUCGAGCAGUAAGGAUGAUCAUGACUCAGAAGACAACCCCAAGUCAGGCAAGCGCCGGAGGAAAACAGGACCGAAUGAUGACCAUGAGCAUUACUUCAAUGAUGAAGGACACUCUACCAAGAUCCGCGCACUGGUGGAGGAUGUUUCGAAGGAUCUCUGGACAACCAAGAGCAUCAUCUUCUCUUGUUGGACACGAACACUGCAUCUCAUAGCAAGACACUUGGAAAGGGCCAGAAUCCCAUAUCUUCAACUCGACGGUAACAGUCCUCUCCCUCAGCGGCAAGAGACUCUUUACAAGUUCGAGAACGGAGAGGAGACACCUGUUCUUAUCAUGACAACUGGAACAGGAGCAUUUGGAUUGAAUCUGACUUGCGCCAAUCGAAUUUUCAUCGCAGAAUUACAGUGGAAUCCCAGCGUGGAGAGUCAAGCUAUCUCUCGUGCGAUUCGUCUUGGACAAGAGAAUGAAGUUCGAGUCUGGAGAUACAUAGUCCGAGACACUGUUGAAGAAGAUAUUAAACAGCAGCAAGAGUAUAAGAAGCUAAUUGCAGCUCUGGGUUUCGAGGAAGAGGUUGACUAG